AUGUCUAAAGCCUUUAUGAAAGUUCUUAAUAAGCAUGACCAACAUUUAAAGACUGCAGAAAGCGGCCGCUCAUCUCUUACUGAAAGGCCAUCCUACAAGACUGAUCAACUUGUAGAAGAAAUCAUAUCCAAAAGUAGCUCAAAGCCUAAAGAAAUUCCUCGCUUAUCUAUAAAUGAAAACGAUGAUUGAGAAUUAAUCGAUAUUUUGCAAAAAGACAUUAAAGAGUCUUACAAAAAGCUCGAAGAAAUGAAAGCAACUCCAUCAGACAUGGAAAAUCGCAAAAUCAAAUUCCACGGGAAAGAAAAAGAAAAAUACAAGCAGCUUCGAACCCAGCAGAGAUCUCAGACCCGUCUUGACUGAAACGUUAACAAGUCAAGUGAAAAGUUGAAGCUUAAAAAUCUUGUCAAAGAGCGCAAAAGUGUGAUUACACCAAGCCUGGGAGAGUCAAACCGGUAAUCGUUAUAUAUAGGACUUUUCCUUGGAUUGUUCAGUAUAAGUGGCUUGAAAUUGCUAAUGGGAAAUUCUUGGGGAAAAUUAUAGAAUUCAAGACUUUGAAAACGCAGGGAAAUAUGAAAAGAACAAAAACUCUGAAAUAGUGAAAAAUGCUCAUUUAAUGCUAGAAGAGCUUGAAACAGUUCCAGUUCUUAAAAAAUUGUCAAAAAAGAGCUUUUCCUCAACGUCAAGGUUCCUAAAUCAAAUAAAGUCUCAAGAUUACGAAAGCUGCUUAACUUCAGCAAUUGAAUUUAUUAGGGAAAUCAUAGAAUAUGAAAAAAUUAGCAGCCAAAAAGAAGCUGAAAAAUCAUCUGGAUCUUCAAUUUCUACUAUUGAAGCUGAAGCACAGUUUGAGUCUCCUAUUGAGUUAGGGAUUUCUUCAGGGAAAGAAGAAAUUCCAAGACAAGAUAAAUCAAAAAGACUGCAAGUUGUGGAUAAUGUUGAUGAAAGCGAUUUAUUGCUUGAAGUAGUUUCAAGUCAAAGCGCCAGGAUUUCUAAGCUGAAUACAGAAAUUUCUGAUGCUGUAAAUUCAAUGAGGAAAAUUCUAUACUCUCCAAAAACGAGCGAUAUACUUUGAAAUGGCAAUACGUGUCAACCCCUCUUGAAGCAAUGGUCCAGAUCUUAUCGCCACGGCGAACUGGAACGGACUCCGAGUCAAGAAUCAAGCGCAACCUCUAGUAAUGUGUAUCCUGGAAGGUUUUGCCUGCUUUCCUGUUGGCUGGAAAUGGAGGUGUCCGGCAACGUCCUUUGGAUUCAUGGACAUACAUCAUUCCUCUACCGAGAAACUGGGGUUUUGGUCAAGUCACAGUGGAGCAAUCUUUUUCCUGUGCUUUCGAAAGAAGGCUCUUCGACACCUGAUAGACUCCAAGGAGCUGAUCCUUGGAGAAUCGCCCGCCGUAGAGCCAAGAUAUCCAUAAGCCGCCCACUCAAGAUUGAAGCCGCAAGGUAAGUAGGAGGCAGAAGGUACCCAAAGUGGCACCAGUUUUUUGGGAUUAGACCCUCUGAGCUAGAUUCGAAAAGCCGCAGAACCUUUCAUAUGGAAGAUCUUUGAUAAUGCGUCACCAAUAUGGCUAGCGUCUGACUUUAAAUAACCUAACCUUCAAUACCGAGCUCUCCUAGAUCUCAAGCGGAGCAUUUCUUUGAAUCAUCUAACACUAUUAAACCAACACACAAACAGUCUUCUGCUAUUUCUGACUUUGACAAUAUUUAUCCAAAAUCUGUACGUAAUUCAAUUAAAUAA